AUGGAAUCGAUCGAGCAAAAGCUGUGGCUGCGACGGUAUAAACGAUUCGAUCCGUUCUACGAAGCGCUGCUGCGGUCGCCACCGUCCAUGCUCGCAAUGGCCACUGGCAAAAUCUCGAUUGGAUCGCCGACAUUUCCGUUAACCAAGGCAUACAUUACGUCAGCGACCGCAGAGGUUCCUCCCACCAGCGACAACGUGCCUCGCACCGUGGACGCUCUUCUUGGCCUGCAGCAACCGGACGGCCGGUGGAAACUCGACGCCGCCUUCCUCCACACCAUGCACCACCUCGUGCCGCCAUGUCCCAGUGGUGUGGGGGCAGCCAUGUGGGCCACUGCGUGUGCGGUGGCAGCGCUUCGGCGGCAACAUGAAGAAUUCGACAAGCUCGAACAUCCUUGCGAGCGAGGGCUCACACAAGUGGACAGCCAAGCGCCGCCCAGCGAAGACGCCAGCGACGACGACUUGGCACCGAACAACAUGCCGUCGACUUCUCUCAUCUCAACGAAAAAACGACGCUCGAUAUUUGAGCUUGAUGUAGCGAGCGCCCAGAUGGUCCGGCAGCUGGACCACGCCAGUGCCACUGCGGUGGCGCACGGCCUCCAGCGAGAGUUUUCACCCAAAAUUGACACGUCCAAACGUCCAUUUCAGGUGGGAGACACCGUCGAGUGCUGCUGGCGGCGUCCGCUGCCAUCCUCCAAUACCCCGGCGCGGCUGGACACGUGGCAUCCAGCCAGAAUUGCGCACGUGUAUACUGACAACGUCCAUGGCAUGGCGGACGUAGUGUAUCAAGACAAGCGAAAGGAAAAGCAACGUCGAGUCCCCAAGAACUGCAUCCGUCGACCGAAUUCCGUCGCCCCCUCGCGCUCCCAAGUGCUCGGCGACCUGCACAAACGUUGGGUGUUAGAACCGUUGCCUUUAAAUGCAGAGCUCGAUCGCCUCGCCGAGAUCAUGAGUCAUGACACGGUGUACUUGCCUGCAUGGCGAGAUGUCACGGCACAAGCCGCCCCGACGAGCCCCCAUCAUGCUGCCAACCAUCCCCUUCAUCUUCGAACGUCGUCGUCGCUCAAUCAAAUCCGAGCAUCAUCCAGUCCUGUGAAGUCCCCCGUCCCCCUUUCUCCUGCUGCACAAGUCCAUGCCGUCGACAGCGCUUCGUCUAUGACCAGUAUGCCGUUACCCCAUGACGCGGUGAUCGAAGCCAUCUUGGCCUACGAGAAAUACAUCGCAAAACUCCCCAAAGUGCUACGUCCGUGCCGCCACUUGUACAAGACUGCGCGGUUGUUUGGCGACCGAAUUCACGCGUUCGAUGCAUGGAUGCCCGUGGCCAUCGAACUGGUAGCCGCCACCGCCACGGUCGUCGAGCUCGUGUACGCGCUGGAGCAGUCAAUCCAAGCAGCCCCAAUGACUACUGACGGUCCAAUUCGACCUGUGUUUACGCCGUUUCUAUGGCUCGGCCGGUCGUUCUUGACCUCGGUCGCGAACGCACUAAACGCGCUUGGCGAUUGCGCCGAAUUGCAAGACUGGUAUGGUCGGGACUUUCACUUUAAAAUGAAUCCGUUCCUGGUCACGGUGCCGCUGCACCUCAAGACGCACGCGAUUCAAUGCGCCGUCACGCCCAAUACGUGGUGGCCAGAGCUACACUUCCCCCCUGCCUUGCGACAUCGGGUGGAGCGAGGCUGA